UCUCAGUUUCUUUGUAGUUGCUCUUGUAUAUUCUGAAGAUUAUUAUUAUCUCCUUUGCUUUGUUUCACAAUGACCUUUUUCUCCUUCUGAUAUUAGCUUGAUUAUUGUUUUGCUAGAUUUGAUAACAUCCGAACCAUGGCCUCACAUGUUGUUGGAUAUCCUCGCAUCGGACCAAAAAGAGAGCUUAAGUUUGCAUUGGAAUCUUUUUGGGAUGGAAAGAAUGGUGCCGAAGAAUUGCAAAAAGUUGCGAAGCAACUCAGAAUUUCCGUAUGGAAACAAAUGGAGAAUGCUGGAAUUAAGUUUAUUCCUAGCAAUACAUUCUCAUACUAUGAUCAGGUUUUAGAUACCACAGCUAUGCUUGGGGCAGUCCCACCAAGAUAUGGAUGGACUGGAGGUGAGAUUGGCUUUGAUGUCUAUUUUUCUAUGGCUAGAGGGAACGCCAAUGCUCCUGCCAUGGAAAUGACCAAAUGGUUUGACACUAACUACCACUACAUAGUGCCUGAACUGGGUCCUGAGUUCAGGUUUUCCUACGCUUCUCAUAAGGCAGUGAUUGAAUACAAGGAGGCAAAGGAGCUUGGAAUCGAGACAAUUCCUGUUUUUCUUGGUCCAAUUUCAUAUUUGUUGUUGUCGAAACCUGCAAAGGGUGUAGAAAAAUCUUUUCGUCUUCUUUCAUUGGUUGGAAAGAUCAUUCCCGUCUACCGGGAGGUUUUGGCUGAGCUGAAGGCAAAUGGGGCUACCUGGGUGCAAUUUGAUGAGCCAACCUUUGUACUUGAUUUAGACAAUCAUCAACUAAAAGCAUUUACUGAUGCAUAUGAACAGCUGGAGGAGUUUUUAUCUGGGUUUCAUGUUCUGGUCGAGACCUACUUUGCUGAUAUACCUGCCAGUGCAUACAAGACCAUCACCUCAUUAAAUGGUGUCUCUGCUAUUGGGUUAGAUCUAGUUCGAGGAGAAAAAACCCUAGAUCUUAUCAAAGGUUCAGGUUUUCCUUCUGACAAGUAUCUCUUUGCUGGGAUUGUCGAUGGCCGAAAUAUUUGGGCCAAUGAUCUUGAAGCAUCUCUAAAGACACUUAAAGCUCUUGAAAGCAUCAUUGGCAAAGAAAAACUUGUAUUGUCUACUUCUUGUUCCCUUUUGCACACUGCGGUUGAUCUAGCAAAUGAAACAAAGCUGGAUGAAGAGACCAAAUCUUGGCUAGCCUUUGCUGCACAGAAAAUACUUGAGGUGAAUGCCUUGGCUAAGGCAUUGACUGGGAAGAAGGAUGACACAUUCUUUUCUACAAAUGCUAUUGCACAAGCUUCGAGGAAAUCAUCUCCUAGAGUGAAUAAUGAAGCAGUUAAGAAAGCAGCAGCUGCAGUGAGGGGCUCUGAUCAUCGCCGUGUGACACCGGUGACUGCUAGGCUUGAUGCACAACAAAAGGAACUGAAUCUCCCAGUUCUUCCUACCACAACUCUUGGAUCAUACCCCCAAACCAUGGAUCUUAGGAGGGUUAGGCGGGAAUACAAAGCUAACAAAAUAUCUGAGGGAGAGUAUGUGAAGGCCAUUAAGGAGGAGAUUGCUAAAGUUGUCAAGCUACAAGAGGAGCUGGAUAUCGAUGUUCUUGUACAUGGAGAGCCUGAGAGAAAUGACAUGGUAGAAUACUUUGGUGAACAACUAAAGGGAUUUGCUUUUACCAUUAAUGGCUGGGUACAGUCAUAUGGUUCACGCUGUGUAAAACCACCAAUUAUUUAUGGUGAUGUCAGUCGACCUAAGCCAAUGACAGUUUUUUGGUCCACAGCUGCUCAGAGCAUGACCUCUCGUCCGAUGAAGGGUAUGCUUACUGGGCCUGUGACAAUUCUCAAUUGGUCUUUUGUGAGGAAUGACCAGCCCAGGUUUGAAACUUGCUAUCAAAUUGCCUUGGCAAUAAAAGACGAGGUUGAAGAUUUGGAAGCAGCUGGAAUUCAAGUGAUCCAAAUUGAUGAAGCGGCAUUACGUGAAGGUCUACCCCUGCGCAAGUCAGAGCAGGGUUUCUACUUGGAUUGGGCUGUCCAUUCUUUCAGGAUCACCAACUGUGGUGUAAAGGACACGACACAGAUCCACACACACAUGUGCUAUUCAAAUUUUAAUGAUAUCAUCCAUUCUAUCAUCGACAUGGACGCUGAUGUGAUCUCAAUUGAAAAUUCAAGAUCCAAUGAAAAGGUCCUUUCAGUUUUCCAUGAAGGAGUAAAAUAUGGUGCAGGAAUUGGGCCUGGGAUUUAUGAUAUUCACUCCCCGAGGAUUCCUACUGUGGAAGAGAUUGCUGACCGUAUCAAUAAGAUGUUGGCUGUCCUUAAGAUGAAUGUUCUUUGGGUGAAUCCAGAUUGUGGCUUGAAGACCAGAAAAUAUACUGAAGUUAAACCAGCCUUGACCAACAUGGUUGCUGCAGUGAAACUGCUCCGAACCCAGCUGGCAAGUGUGAAUUGAGAUCAAAUU